UAGUCCCAUGACAACCUAGUCAUCAGGUGUAGGGGAGCUUGGUUGCCUUUUAUUUGGCUAACAUCCCCUAGGUGCGAACCACCCUAUGUUGUGCUGAGCCAUCUUGACGGAUCACUACUGAAAGUCGGCAUACGAUUCAGGCUCAGCAAAAAAAAACGCUGUAUCCUCAAGGCUGGUUCGCUUGAGGUAGGUUUUCAAGUUUGCCCAAAUUCCAAAGUAACCUCACAGGCGGGUAGGUGGUAUCAAUGCGGCCCUCGCUAGCUUGGUCGGUAUCGGCUAAUAAUUUCUGAAGGUACCUAGGUAGGUAGGUACUUACUUGACUUGCUUCGGUUUUAUUGUUCACAUAUUUUGGGCUUUUCACUUCACCGAGGGAAGAGCUCAAUCUCUUCAAGACCGCCACACAGUGGUGUGGUAGUAGCAAGAGUUUCCCAAGAAUCGCAGUACCGGCGCCAAUUAGAUGGCAGGAGGUGAAUGCUAACGAAUCAAGAAGUAAACUGAAUUUUCUCGGCCGUUUCCUUACUUCACUGCCUUCCUUCAACCAAUAAAAAUGCACUGCUCAGGAAGUUGUGAAGAUGUAGGUAAUGUAGGGGUGCGGACAGCCUGGGAAGGUACCUUCCUCGCAGCCCAAGUACUCAAACGAGGUAGCAGCGACAUCGGCUUAGCACGACCAGACAACCGACUGUGAAAUCUUCUCCGAUGGAGAUCCUAUGCUUUAUCAGAUACGACUCUCGGCAUAGGUAUACAUCGCUUGUUGCGCUCUUCGGCACCGGUCGCUCUCUUUGGAAGGUUAUAGGUCAGCAAAAUACCUAAUCUUUGCCCUCAGGCGUGGACUGAAAAAUGCGGUACGAGGACUGGGACAUCCUCAUCUUUCCCUCGGAUCGAACUAUCGCGCCCGGAUCGAACCAGACUGUCAAAGUGCCCCUGAAGGAAUUUAAGGUCGCUUGCCAUGUCGUUGCCGACUCCGAAAUCCCUCAUGGACAUGGUUCGCCUGGCCUCCCUGUCAUGACCUGCUUUGUUCCAAGUCUCUCUACUGGGACACCCUUCCACGUCUCGAUUCACAGCUGGCGUACACCUGAGAUCAGUCAGUAUACCAAGAACUACAGCAAACACACAGAACUGGUACAGUUCGAUGCUCGGAUUUACAUCGACGGCCGCUUAGUCUCAUCGACGGCGUUUGCUCGCAAUGGGGACUGGCCCUGUCUAAUUACGAACACUUUUGAAUUUACCAAGUCAGGCGAGUUGGAGCCUUUCCGGUUUCCGUCUUUCCGUCGAGAGCUUCUAUACCAUGAUCACUGGCAUCCAAGUGACGAUAUUGGUCGGAUCAAGAUCGUCAUCAGCGAAGGGUUUCCUCGAGAUUCUUUAAGCAACCCUAUCGAGCGGGUGAAGAACGUAGUUGCGUUCUCUUUCCAGCAUGCCCCUCUUGAUAUCCUGGAAGCCAAUAGGAUUGCUUGGCCAAAUCCCUCAAUGUGGAAAGGGACGUCCAUCGCGGAAAACCGGCCGGUUCCCACUUAUCGACCUGGAGAUGGUGCCGAGUCCCACGGACAUUCUCCUCGCCGCCAGUCUAUGGCUACAACCAACAUGGGAGGACCAAGUUUUUCUACUCCGAUCCACCAGCUCACGACGCCCUCUGGCCCACCUGGAUUGAUCAACAACCCUGCUUUCAACCAAUCCUUGCCAUUGUUCUCACAGUUUACCACCCCCGUGAUCGGUGGAACGCCGAUGCCUGUCUCGUAUAGCGAUGCGGCCAUCAAGUGGUAUGCUGGCCUUAACAAGAGCGCUUACAACAUGAGGGCUGCAAGAAAGUCAAGCACUGAUACAAGCAUGCCCGACUUUGGCACUGUGCCUGAUUACUCUUCUUCUGGGAGCGGCUAUAACACUGUUAUGCUUGACCCCAGUAACGUCCCUACUGCAGUCAUGACCGAGGAAGAUUUCGCUCCGGCUCAUGUGAAAGCACCGACAAACACGCCGAUUGUUGGGCCCAUGGAUGGCAGCUACCCUCCUGGUUUUUCGUUCAACCUGCCGAACUCGGCAAUUCCGGGCGAUCUUGCGGCGUCCCUGACGCAUUCCUUGCUCAACCAGCCUCACCCGCUGCCCGUUCAGCCACACAUGGUUCCUCUGCCAGCUUCCGAGAUCAAGUCACGAAAGGAAACGCGCAAAUUCAGCAAUUUUGCUGCGCAGUGCUCACCAGCUAUCCAUUCGCCUUGCGCCGAGAUUUUGGAUAAGCGAAACUUCUCAUCUUCUGCAUUCACUGUUGCAGAAGUCGCUGCUGCUGUUGGCUCCAAUAUUAGCACACCUUCUCACCAAAGCUUUCAGAUGCUGCCGCCAUAUGCAGUGCCAAGAGGCCCUCCAGAGGCAACCAACGACAGGGCUUUCUAUUCAUCUUCGGCUGGCUCUCGGGCCUGUUCAUCGGGCGAUCUUCUGACUUCUUUCUCUAAUCUCUCGGAGGGAAUCAAUGCGCCUAUGUUAUCGGCAACGACGUCUGGUACAAACAACAACGUUACGCCUUUGGUAGAAGCUGCUCCUGACAGAUGCAACAAGCGUCUACGCAACUUUACCCCUGCCAGCAUCAAGGCUAUCGAUGAGGAAGACGAGCCUAGGCGUGUCAGCCCUAGAUUGAGGGCUACUCCAUUCGCGGGGCAGGACCGCUGCGAGAGCAUCUGAACUUGGUGUAUGGCAUUCAUGCCGAGCCUGGCAAUAAUUUGUUACAAGGUUUCUCUCGCAUUGAAUAGCGGUCUACUCUUGUCUUAGUGCUGGC